AUGAUUGGCACUAAACUAUUUUCAUAUUUUUUACAAGAUUCCGCUAAUCAUUGGAAUAAUUCUAUUCGCUUUUCUUUAAACAUUUUCUUCUUAUUCAAAAUUUUCUUGCUCUUUUUUUCUUUUUUGUACUCGAUUUUCUUGCUUUCUCUUUUUAUUACUCAGUACUCGAUUUUUUGCUUUCUCUUUUUUCAGUACUCGAUUUUCUUUUUUUAUUACUCAGUACUCGAUUUUCUUCCUUUCUUUUUUAUUACUCAGUACUCGAUUUUCUUGCUUUCUCUUUUUUUAGUACUCGAUUUUCUUCCUUUUCUUUUAUUACAUAUACUCGAUUUUCUUCUUUUUUAUUACAUAGUCGAUUUUCUUGCUUUCUCUUUUUUUCCUCGAUUUUCUUUUUCUAUUUUUAUUACUCAGUACUCGAUUUUUCUUUACUCGAUUUUUUUUUUCUUUUUAUUCUUUUUUAUUGCUUUUUCUCUUUUUAUUACUCAGUACUCGAUUUUUCUUGCUUUCUCUUUUUAUUAUUUCGAUUUUCUUUCUCUUUUUUAUUACAUAGUUCGAUUUUUUUUUCUCUUUUAUUUAGUACUCGAUUUUCUUGCUUUCUCUUUUUUAUUUUCGAUUUUUCCUUUCUCUUUUUAUUACUUAGUACUCGAUUUUUUUUUCUCUUUUUAUUACAUAGUACUCGAUUUUCUUGCUCUUCUUUUUAUUACUAGUACUCGAUUUUCUUGCUUCUCUUUUAUUACUCAGUACUCGAUUUUUUGCUUUCUUUUUUAUUACUCAGUACUCGAUUUUCUUGCUCUCUCUUUUUAUUACUCAGUACUCGAUUUUUUGCUUUCCUUUUUUAUUACUCAUAAUCGAUUUUCUUGCUUUCUCUUUUUAUUACUCAGUAUUCGAUUUUUUCUUUUCUCUUUUUUUCUUUUUUAUUACUCAGUAAUCGAUUUUUUCUUUCUCUUUUUUUUUAGUAAUUAUUUUCUUGAUUUUAUUACUCAGUAUUCGAUUUUCUUCUCUUUUUUAUUACUCUUUUUUUUUACUACGAUUUUCUUUCCUUUCUCUUUUUAUUACAUAGUACUCGAUUUUCUUGCUUUCUUUUUUUUUUACUCUCAUACUCGAUUUUCUUGCUUUCUCUUUUUAUUACUCAGUACUCUUUUUAUUAUUUUCGAUUUUCUUGCUUUCUUUUUUAUUACUUCAGUACUCGAUUUUUUUCUUGCUUUCUUUUUAUUUUACUCGAUUUUCUUGCUUUUCUUUUUAUUUUCGAUUUUCUUCCUUUCUCUUUUAACUCAUACUCGAUUUUCUUUUUCUUGCUUUCUCGAUUUUUUUCCUUUCUUUUUAUUACUCAGUACUCGAUUUUCUUGCUUUCCCUUUUUAUUACUCAGUACUCGAUUUUCUUCCUUUCUCUUUUUAUUACUCAGUACUCGAUUUUCUUGCUUUCUCUUUUUUAUUGUUAUUGAUUUUCUUCCUUUCUCUUUUUAUUACAUAGUACUCGAUUUUCUUCCUUUCUCUUUUUAUUACAUAGUACUCGAUUUUCUUGCUUUCCUUUUUUAUUACUCAGUAAUCAAUUUUCUUGCUCUCUCGUAUUAUUACUCAGUACUCGAUUUUCUUGCUUUCUCUUUUUAUUACUCAGUACUCGAUUUUCUUCCUUUCUCUUUUUAUUACAUAGUACUCGAUUUUCUUCCUUUCUCUUUUUUACUCAUAGUGCUCGAUUUUCUUCCUUUCUCUUUUUUACUUUUUUUCUUUUUUUUACAUAGUACUCGAUUUUCUUCUUUCUCUUUUUUUUUUAGUACUCGAUUUUCUUCCUUUUUUUAUUACUUAGUACUCGAUUUUCUUUCUCUUCUUUUUUUUUACUAUACUCGAUUUUUUGCUUUCUCUUUUUUAUUUAGUACUCGAUUUUCUUCUUUUUUUUUUUUACUCAUUACUUCGAUUUUCUUGCUUUCUCUUUUUAUUUCUUUUUCUUUCUCUUUUUAUUACUCAGUACUCGAUUUUUUCUUUCUCUUUUUAUUUUUCUUUUUUGCUUUCUCUUUUUAUUACUCAGUAAUCGAUUUUCUUGCUUUCUCUUUUUAUUACUAUAUUUUUUCUUUUUUUAUUACUCAGUACUCGAUUUUCUUGCUUUCUUUUUUAUUACUCAGUAAUCGAUUUUCUUCCUUUUCUUUUUUUAUUUACUCGAUUUUCUUCCUUUCUUUUUAUUACAUAGUACUCGAUUUUCUUCCUUUUCUUUUUUAUUACAUAGUUCUCGAUUUUCUUCCUUUCUCUUUUUUAUUACAUAGUACUCGAUUUUCUUCCUUUCUUUUUUAUUACAUAGUACUCGAUUUUCUUCCUUUUCUUUUUUUUUAUUCGAUUUUCUUGCUCUCUCUUUUUUAUUACUCAGUACUCGAUUUUCUUUUUUCUCUUUUAUUACUCAUACUCGAUUUUCUUCCUUCUCUCUUUUUAUUACAUAGUACUCGAUUUUCUUGCUUUCUCUUUUUAUUACAUAGUACUCGAUUUUCUUCCUUUCCUUUUUUAUUACAUAGUACUCGAUUUUCUUUUCUCUUUUUUUUAUUACUCAGUACUUUUUUUUUCUGCUUUUCUUUUUAUUACUCAGUACUCGAUUUUCUUGCUUUCUCUUUUUAUUACUCAGUACUCGAUUUUCUUGCUCUCUCUUUUUAUUACUCAGUACUCGAUUUUCUUGCUUUCUCUUUUUAUUACUCAGUACUCGAUUUUCUUGCUUUCUCUUUUUAUUACUCAGUACUCGAUUUUCUUUUUUUCAUAGUACUUUUUCUUACUCUCUUUCGAUUUUCUUGCUUUCUCUUUUUAUUACUCAGUACUCGAUUUUCUUGCUUUCUCUUUUUAUUACUCAGUACUCGAUUUUCUUGCUUUCUCUUUUUAUUACUCAGUACUCGAUUUUCUUGCUUUCUCUUUUUAUUACUCAGUACUCGAUUUUCUUGCUUUCUCUUUUUAUUACUCAGUACUCGAUUUUUCUUGCUUUUCUUUUUGCUUUACUCGAUUUUUGCUCUCUCUUUUUAUUACUCAGUACUCGAUUUUCUUGCUCUCUCUUUUUAUUACUCAGUACUCGAUUUUCUUGCUUUCUCUUUUUAUUACUCAGUACUCGAUUUUCUUCCUUUCUCUUUUUAUUACAUAGUACUCGAUUUUUUCUUUCUUUUUUUUUUUUUUAGUUUUCGAUUUUUUCCUUUCUCUUUUUAUUAUAGUACUCGAUUUUUCUUGCCUUUUUAUUACAUAGUACUCGAUUUUCUUCCUUUCUCUUUUUUUACACUCAUACUCGAUUUUCUUGCUUUCUUUCUUUUUAUUACUUUACUCGAUUUUCUUGAUUUUUCUUUCUCAGUACUCGAUUUUCCCCUCUCGAUUUUUUUCUUUUCUUUUUAUUACUUUGAUUUUUUGCUUUCUUUUUUAUUACUGAGUACUCGAUUUUUUGCUUUCUCUUUUAUUACUCAGUUCGAUUUUUUUACUUUCUUUUUAUUACUCAGUACUCGAUUUUCUUCCUUUCUCUUUUUAUUACAUAGUACUCGAUUUUCUUGCUUUCCUUUUUAUUACUCAGUACUCGAUUUUCUUCUUCUCUUUUUAUUUCAGUACUCGAUUUUUUCUUUCUUUUUUUAUUACUCAGUACUCGAUUUUCUUCCUUUCUCUUUUAAAACUCGAUUUUCUUCCUUUCUCUUUUUAUUACAUAGUACUCGAUUUUCUUGCUUUCUCUUUUUAUUACUCAGUACUCGAUUUUCUUCCUUUCUCUUUUUAUUACAUAGUACUCGAUUUUCUUCCUUUCUCUUUUUAUUACAUAGUACUCGAUUUUCUUGCUUUCCUUUUUUUUUCUCGAUGUUCUUUUUUCCUUUUUAUUACUCAGUAAUCGAUUUUCUUGCUUUUCUCUUUUUUAUCACUCAGUACUCGACUCUCUCUUUUUUAUUUUUCGAUUUUCUUGCUUUUUUUUAUUUUCGAUUUUUCUUGCUUUUCUUUUUAUUUUCAGUCCGAUUUUCUUUUUUUUUUUAUUACCUCGAUAUUCUUACUUUUCUCUUUUUUAUUACUCAGUACUCGAUUUUCUUCCUUUUUUUUUCAUUUCAUAGUACUCGAUUUUUUUGCUUUUCUUUUUAUUACUCAUACUCGAUUUUCUUUUCAUCAGUACUCGAUUUUCUUGCUUUUUUUACUCGAUUUUCUUCCUUUUCUUUUUUUUUAAUAGCACUCGAUUUUCUUUUUGCUUUUCUUUUUAUUACUCAGUACUCGAUUUUCUUGUCUCUCUUUUUAUUACGCAGUACUCGAUUUUCUUUGCUCUCUCUUUUUUAUUACUCAGUACUCGAUUUUCUUGCUCUCUCUUUUUAUUACUCAGUACUCGAUUUUCUUCCUUUCCCUUUUUAUGACUUUCUUUACUCAGUACUUUCAUUCUUCUCUUCAUCUUAUUUUUUUAUUUUUUAUUCACUUCUUUGUUUUCUUUUUCUUGCACUUCCCUUCUCACAUUUUCUUUUAUUUCCUCCUCGCUUUUCUUUCUCUUUUCCUUUCUUUCACCUUUCCCCUCAUUUCUUCUUUGUCUCUAUUUGUUUUUUUUCCUUUUUCCCUUUUCAUGUUACACUUGUUUCACUCUCUCAUCCUUCUUCUCUUUAUGUCUCCCUUUCUUUAUUCCUUGCCUUAAAACCUUUCUUUCUUUCUUUUGUUUUCAAAUAUCAUAUCUUCUCUCUCUUUUUUCUUUCUUUUCCGUCAUUCUUUCUUUGUUUUUUCUUUCUUUCUCAACAGUCAUCACUUUUUCUUUGUUUCGUUUCUUCAUUUCUCCUUUCUUUCCCAACUGUCAUAUUUUCUUUCUUUCUUUCUUUCUUUCUUUCUUUCUUUCUUUCUUUCUUUCUUUUCCAACUAUCAUGUCUUUCUCAUCCUUCUUUUUCUUUCUUUAUUUUCUAUCAUUCUCUACUUUCGUUUUUCUCUUUUCCAAAUAUCAUGUCUUUCUUUCUUUAUUUCUUUUUCAAUAGUUCCAUUUUCUUUCUUUCUUUCUUUCUUUCUUUCUUUCUUUACAAUAAGCUUUUCUUUCUUUUUUGUUUUCUAACGAUCACGUCUUUCUUUCUAUCUUUUUCCCCUUUCUUUCUCCCCUUUCUUUCCGACCUUUCAAUCUUUCUUUCUUUCUUUCUUUCUUUUUUUCUUUUUUCGUAUUCUUUAUGUCACCCCAGUUAA